AUGGCUUUACAAAAAGAAACAAAAGGAGAGAAGUACACCGAAGCAAAAAUAUUUAUAGAGGCAUGGAGGCAUCUGCAAACCGCUAAAAAGAGCGGGUGCUGGCCCUUCACCAGCGCAAGUGCUGGGCCUGCGUAUUUGCCUGUGUACAAGGGUUUAGAGAUAUCAAAUGAAGAAUUGCGGUGGGAGUUCUAUCAGCGAGAUGCGCAGCAGCAGCAGCAGCUGAUGCAGCAACUCAAGGCUGACGCAGCUGCAACACCGCUGCCGCAGCAGUUUACUGGCGCUACAAAUAACGAAAAUAUAUUUAUUUUAAUUUUGCUUGUUUUUUAA